GGCGGGACAGCGACCGUCGGGGUGUCACGUGACGCUCGGGGCCGUUCCCACCGCCCUCGGGCGCGCCGGGACCCGGAAGCGCGGGGGGAGUGCCGGGAGUUCCGCCUCAGCUCCGGACCCUGCAAUGGCGCACAUCACCAUAAAUCAGUACUUGCAGCAAGUACAAGAAGCCAUUGAGACCAGAGAUGGUACCUUUUGUGCAGAAUUAGUAUCAUUUAAACAUCCACAUGUUGCAAACCCAAGGCUACAGCUUCCAUCUCCAGAGGAGAAGUGUCAACAAGUUUUGGAGUCACCAUAUGAUGAAAUGUUUGCAGCCCACUUAAGGUGUACUUAUGCUGUUGCAAACCAUGACUUCAUAGAAGCGUACAAAUGCCAAACAGUUAUUGUCCAAUCUUUCCUGCGAGCAUUUCAGGCACAUAAAGAAGAAAAUUGGGCCUUACCUAUUAUGUAUUCUGUAGCCCUUGAUCUUCGAAUUUUUGCUAAUAAUGCAGAUCAACAGCUUAUGAAGAAAGGGAAGAGCAAAGUUGGUGACAUGUUGGAAAAAGCAGCAGAGCUGCUGAUGGGCUGCUUUCGAGUCUGUGCCAGUGACACUCGAGCAGGCAUCGAAGAUUCGAAAAAGUGGGGCAUGUUGUUUCUUGUGAAUCAGCUGUUUAAGAUUUAUUUUAAGAUCAACAAGCUCCAUCUCUGUAAGCCCUUAAUUAGAGCAAUUGACAGCUCAAAUCUGAAGGAUGAGUAUAGUAUGGCACAGAGGGUUACAUACAAAUACUAUGUUGGACGCAAGGCCAUGUUUGACAGUGACUUUAAGCAAGCUGAAGAAUAUCUGUCAUUUGCCUUUGAGCACUGUCAUCGAUCAAGCCAGAAGAACAAAAGAAUGAUUUUGAUCUACCUGCUGCCUGUAAAAAUGUUGCUGGGCCAUAUGCCAACAGUUCAGCUCUUAAAAAAGUAUGACCUUAUGCAGUUUGCUGAAGUAACAAAGUCUGUGAGUGAAGGAAAUCUUCUCCUUUUGAAUGAUGCUCUGACAAAGCAUGAGACCUUCUUUAUUCGAUGUGGAAUCUUUCUUAUCCUUGAGAAGCUGAAAAUCAUCACAUACAGGAAUCUCUUCAAGAAAGUAUAUUUACUACUCAAAACUCAUCAGCUAUCUCUAGAUGCUUUUCUGAUUGCUCUGAAGUUCAUGCAAGUAGAUGAUGUUGAUAUUGAUGAAGUCCAAUGUAUUUUAGCUAACCUCAUAUAUUUGGGUCACAUUAAAGGCUACAUAUCCCAUCAGCAUCAGAAGCUUGUGGUCAGCAAGCAGAACCCAUUUCCUCCACUGUCAACAGUGUGUUGUUGAGUAUUGCAUCUUAGCCAUGCAAGUACUCUUCAGAUACUCGGCUUGCCCAGUGGAACUGCUCCCAGUGACCCCAAGAACACUGUAAAUGGCCUGGUUCAUGUCCAGGACUGAAAUACCAGGAACUGUUUGUGGCUCCUUUCCCAGAAUGGCCAAGGCUGCCAGUGUUACAAAGUGCAUUGAAAUUAAAUGUGACUUUUAAGUGGUAGUUUCCACAGGCUUUCUAGAUAAUUCAAAGUAUCUCGUGAAGAAAUAAAGCAAAGCAUUCCAAA